GAGCGGUGUAGAGUGGAGCCCAGGCAGAGCGGCUCCGCGAGCUCCUCUCCACUUUCCCACAGAGGCGCCCUGACCGGCGGCCGGGGGCGACCCGCACGCUCGCCCUCAGGCCGGCCGGCCCGCCCGCGAGGUCACUAUCAUAUGACAAAGGCUUUGCUGCAGUUCAUCUUCCUCCCUGGGUACUUUCCGUCUGCCUUCCUUCAAUCCUGCAACGUCACAGAAGCUGGAAGUUCUGAUGUUCUGUUGAAAUCACAAUGGAAAGCCUUGAGCUGACUGCUGUUCUCUUUGUAAGUGGAGCAUCUGUGUAACCCUGAGUGACUCAUCAGCUGGACUGUUGGUAGAGUAAAGCUGCCUCAAAAUAUGAACACUUCAUGCUUAAAGGUCACAGUAAUGAAAGGCAGUAAUAGAAAUAAAGAUCAUUCAGUAGAAGGAGAAGGGGCUGGAAAACGACCCAAACGGAAGUGUCUGCAGUGGCAUCCGUUGCUAGCAAAGAAACUUCUUGAUUUUUCAGAAGAGGAGGAAGAGGAAGACGAAGAGGAGGAUAUUGAAAAGGUUCACCUCGGGGCUGAUGUCCUAGAGCAGGAUGUUGGUGAGGCUGAAGAUGAUGAAUCACCAGAACGGCGAGCUCGGAGGCCAAUGAACGCAUUUCUCCUGUUCUGCAAACGCCAUCGCUCCCUUGUACGUCAGGAACACCCCAGGCUUGAUAACCGAGGUGCUACCAAAAUACUAGCUGAUUGGUGGGCUGUUCUUGAGCCAAAGGAAAAGCAGAAGUACACAGACAUGGCCAAGGAGUAUAAAGAUGCAUUUAUGAAAGCAAACCCUGGCUACAAAUGGUGUCCUACCACAAACAAGCCUGUGAAGUCCUCAGCGCCCACAGUCAAUCCACGAAAGAAACUCUGGGCCUUCCCAUCCGACUCUUCAAGGGACUUGCCAAGCCCCAAGAAAGCCAAGACCGAAGAAAUGCCUCAGCUUAACUUUGGAAUGGCAGAUCCUACUCAAAUGGGAGGCCUGAGCAUGCUGCUUUUAGCUGGAGAACAUGCUCUGAGCACACCAGAGGCUCCCUCGGGCGCUGGCAGGCCUGAUGUCCUAGAAUCCCCUGACUCUCGCCAGAAGUCACCGUUGUUUCAGUUUGCUGAGAUAUCUUCAAGUGCGUCCCCCUCAGAUGCACCCUCAAAACAGUGCCAAGCAUCGGCCUUGCUUCAGUUUGCAGAGAUUUCUUCAAACACUUCGCAGUUGGGUGGUGCUGACGCUGGAAAACGCUAUGGAAAGUCUGCACUCUUUCAGCUGGCAGAGAUGUGCCUGGCAUCAGAGGGGGUGAAAAUGGAAGAAUCAAAGCGAAUGAAAACAAAAGAACCAGAUGGUGGAAGAACUAAAGAACUGGAGAAGGGAAAGGAAGGACGGGAAAUAAAAGUGGAGAAAACAGAUGAAACCAAUUUACAAAAGGAAGCAGAAUUUGAAAAACCAGCUAAGGAAAAUGUAAGAGAUUCUAAGGAAUUAAGAAGUUUUGAGGAGCUGCAAGUGGAUGAUAUAAUGGCUAUAAAAAUGGAAGAUCCCAAAGAAAUAAAAAAGGAAGAAUUAGAGGAAGAUCAAAAGUGUAGUCUUUUCCCUGAUUUUUCUUACUCUGCCAGUAGCAAGAUAAUAAUAAGUGAUGUUCCCAGUAGAAAGGAUCACAUGUGCCAUCCUCAUGGAAUUAUGGUGAUUGAGGAUCCCACAGCGUUAAACAAACCCGAGAAACUAAAAAAGAAGAAAAAGAAAAGCAAAAUGGAUAGACACGGAAGUGAUAAAUCCACGCCCAAGAAGACUUGCAAAAAGAGGCAGUCUUCUGAGUCUGACAUCGAGAGUGUCAUAUACACCAUUGAAGCUGUUGCAAAGGGAGACUGGGGUGUUGAGAAACUUGGAGAAGCCCCUCGCAAGAAGGUCCGCACAUCCUCAAGUGGCAAGGGAAGCCUUUCGGAUGCCAAGCCACCAAAGAAAAAAGUGAAAUCGAGAGAGAAGAAAAUGUCAAAGGAGAAAUUCUCAGACACUACCAAAGAGUCAAAACUUCCAGAUUUCAUUAAUCUUUCUGCCAGCAAGAACAUUUCUGGUGAGGUGUCAGAGGGUGUAAAAGCAGAACCAUUGACCCCUGUGGAGGAGGCACCACCACCCACCCUGUCGGGACAAGCCAAGCCUGAGGACAAUGACUGUAAUAGAAAAACAGAGACGUGUGGCUCCAGGAAAUCCGAGAGGUCUUGCAAAGGUGCUCUUUAUAAAACCCUGGUGUCUGAGGGCAUGCUGACCUCUCUGCGAGCCAAUGUUGACAGAGGGAAACGAAGCUCAGGAAAAGGAAACUCAUCUGAUCAUGAAGGGUGUUGGAAUGAAGAAAGCUGGACAUUUAACCAGAGUGGGACCAGUGGGAGCAAAAAGUUCAAGAAGACCAAAGCAAAGGAAGAUUCUUUCCUUGGCUCAACAAAGCUGGAUGAAGAAUUUGAAAAAAAGUCCAACAGCCUCUCUCAAUAUAGUCCUGUUACAUUUGACCGGAAAUAUGUAUCUGUCCCAAGGAAAAAGAAGAAGACUGGGAACGUGUCCUCAGAACCAACUAAAACCAGCAAAGGUCCAUUCCAGUCUCAGAAAAAGAACUUAUUCCACAAAAUUGUCAGCAAAUAUAAGCACAAAAAGGAGAAGCCUAAUGUUCCAGAAAAAGGAAGUGGGGAUAAAUGGUCAAACAAGCAACCUUUCCUGGAUGCCCUUCACCCUAUAGAAGCCAUAUUUUCAGAAGACAAAAACACCAUAGAGCCUGCUUAUAAGGUUAAAAAUGCCCUAUCCAUUCCCAACACUCCAGAGCCAACAACAAUGCAAGAACCUUUGGUGGGCAGCCAAAAGAGAAAAGCAAGGAAAACCAAGAUCACACACCUUGUCAGGACAGCAGAUGGCCGAGUAUCACCAGCAGGAGGUACUUUGGAUGACAAACCAAAGGAACAACUGCAGAGGCGUCUCCCCAAAAUGGCUGAGACAGACUGCAACGACGAAUGCUCACACCACACCGAGGCAGCUGGGACGCGGAGCAGCACUCCAGACAUGCCUGCCGUGUCUGCCUUCUUCAGCCUUGCUGCGCUGGCCGAGGUGGCAGCCAUGGAAAAUGUGCACAGAGGUCAGAGGACAACUCCACUCACCCAUGACGGACAGCCAAAAGAAAUGCCCCAGGCUCCUGUACUUAUUUCCUGUGCUGACCAGUGAAGCGCCCUUUCAUUGUAAAACAUUGUGCUUUACCUACUACCCUAGCCUUGUCUUUUCCGAGGGAUGCUAGCCAGUCCAUAUGGUGGAAAAUAUAGACCGCAAACAAGUGCUUGUUGCCCCACACGGCCCAGAUUCACUUGUAACAGAAGUUAGCACCCUGGGCCAGUUUGUUCUUUCGGAACCCAGAAUCUUUGAGGGUGGUGUUACUUGUCUGAUAAUGAGCAGAAAUGAAAUGAUCCUGGAGCUUUGCUUUCUAUUGAAGGCUCUUAACGGUAAUUGGUGGUAACUUGGUAAAAGGCUGCCUUUACUGUGGCUCAUCCAGCGUCUCUUUUACCAACCAGAGUGUGAAACUAGUUUCGUAUAUUACCUAGCUAUUCUUUCAAAACAAAACAAAAAAUGAAAAAAACAAAAACUGACGCACUGCACUAGUUAUUAUUAGAUAUUCUUAGUCUUUUUUGUACAUGGAGAUUUAAGUUCUAAGAUGGUUUAUAUAAUAGGUUAUACCUACAUUUAUAUUGUAGAAUAAAUAUUAAAAAGCCUAUUCCAGAGACUCCCAAGCAGCAUGGGCAGGCAGGUGUACCAUUGUUAGCGGUGUAUGCUCGGCCUCGUGGUCCAUAUAUUCUGCACUUUUAUAUUUGCCACCAGAAUGGUAGUUUGCUGGCAAAAAGAAGGGAGAGAGAGAGAAAAAAUUACAAUUCUUACAAGCUGAAUUUUUUUCUUAGCUUUGAGUGACCAAGAAGAAUUUGCUUGGGGCAAAUUGUGGCAAAUAUUUUCCCAGACAGGGGAAGAGUCCUGCAGAUGACAGAUUACUGAUGUUUUCAUGCCUUGAGGAUUCUUUUAUUUUUACACAGGGGUCUAAGUGACCAAUGGAUUGUUCAUACAAACAAACAAAAAUAUUAUUCAGAAGUGACCUUAGUAUUACUUCACUAUUCUGAACACAUUGAAGACAUUCACUCCGUGUGGACUUUGUGAUACAGACCUUUUCCAUCCAUUACAGACAGACUGGACGGGUUGCACUUGCUAUGCACAGCCUAAUGGGCACUGCAGGUUUUUAGAGCCAUUUCGAGUUUGUGUCUUAGGAGGUAUAGAGUGCGUGAUCAGGGAGGAAUGCCUACCCAGAGUGGGACUCCCAGUCAUAGAUCACCUGCAAGCCUAUGUUUCCUUUUUGUGUUUUGUUGCUUUUGAACAUAAACCAACCGUACAUAUGCCAGUGCCAAGUGGAUUAGCUGGCUUAGAACAUUCAACAUAUUGACUUAACCACCUGACGUUCAUUCACAGUGUCUUGUCUCCUAGCAACAGAUGCAAAGUGAUACAUCAAAAUUAGUCUGAGGCUUCAGAUUUUACAGGGUAUUUGUUCCAUAGCACAAAGUAUCUCCCCACUCUUGCAUCACAGCACAAACUACCAAAUUCUAAUUAUUGGAUUCCAGCAAUAAUUUUUAUUGAUUUUUCAAACUGAUGGAAUUUUGAUAGUGUUAGUUCAAGUUUGAAGCUUUUGAAUUAGAUCUCUAAAUGGUGACAGUUUACAUGGUUUUAUCUAGCUUUCUUAUUUAUACUUGACUGAAUUGUAAUGAUGAUUUCUUUUCUAAUCGUAAUUUGACCUAAUAGCCAUACCAAAAAAAAAAAAAAGGUGAUUCUAUUAACACUGACUAGGCUUAGCUUUUCACAGUUGUAGAUACUGCUUCAGUGUCGGUGCUGGGAAAUAUGUACAAUGGAAAACAAAAAAAAUAGCUUUUUUUUUUUUUUUUUUCAAA